AUGGAUAAAUAUUUAAUAACAGAACCAACUAUUGUUAAUGUGAAUGAUAAUAUUAAUAAUGAUAAUAAUAAUAAUAAUAAUGAAAUAAUAAAAACAAAUGUUGAGGAAAAAAUUACAAAUUCUUCAAUUCAAACAGAAAAUAAAAUUAAAGAAGAAGAAAUUAAAAAUGAAAUAAAAAUAUCGGAAACAGUACAAGUUAAACCACAAUUGGAAAAUGAAAAUAUUCAAAACGAAAUGAAACAUGAGGAUAAACAAGAUGUUAAAGAUAUAGAAUUCAAAGAUACACCAAUAAUUGAAAGUACCAAACAAGAUACUACAGUAGUUUUAGAAAGUGUAGAAAUUAUAAAAGAAAAGGAACAAGUUAUAAACAAUCAAACCAAUAAUGAAACUAUAACAAAUGAAUCUGUUGAUGUUAAAAAUGAAACCGAUGCAUUAUUGAAAACUGAAUCAAAUGAAACAACAAUCACAUCCAAUGAAAAUAAUAGCAAUAAUAACAUUAACACCAACACUACUGAUACAACCACUCCUCUAAACCAUAAUAAAACUGAAAAUAUUGUUACUGAUCCAACAAACAAUGAUCCUACUAAUUGUGAUAAUAAUAGUAAUAGUAAUAAUAAUAGUGAUAGUUCAGAUAGUAAUAGUUCAGAUAGUGAAGGAUCAGAUAGUGAUAGUGAUAGUUCAGAUAGUGAUAGUAGUUCCUCAUCUGAUGAUGAUUUAGAUGAUAUAAUAUCAAAACCAAAACCAACUACAAAUAAUAAUAAUAAUAAAACUAAUAAUAAUAAUAAUAAUAAUAAUAAUAAUAAUAAUAAUAAAAAUAAAAAUAAAAAUAAAAAUAAAAAAAAGAAUAAAAAUGAUGAAGAUGAUGAAGAUUAUGAUGGUGAUAAUUCUGAUAAUGAUUUACCAAAAGAAGAACCAAUAUUUGUUGAAAUACCAAAAGAAGUUCAAAUUUGUGAAUUUGGUAUUUUAAAAUCAAUCGUUGAUGAUGUAUUGGUAAUUAAAUCAAUUAAUGUAGUUUCACAAGCUUUGGAUAUCGAUUCAAUCGUUUGUUUACAAGAUAGAACUACAAUUGGAAGAAUUUAUGAAGUAUUUGGUCAAGUAUUUCAACCAAUUUAUUCUGUAAGAAUACCAAGUAACUUAGAUAUUACAAUUUCAAAUAAUAAUAAUAAUAAUAAUAAUAAUAAUAAUAAUAAUAAUAAUAAUAAUAAUAAUAAUAAUAAUAAUAAUAAUAAUAAUAAUAAUAAUAAUAAUAAUAAUAAUAAUAGCAAUAACAAUAAUAAUACUUUGAAAAAACAAGGACAACUAGAGGAAGAGAAAAAAGGAGAAGUAGAAAAAGAAGAAGAGAAAAAAGGAGAGGUAGAAAAAGAAGAAGAGAAAAAAUUACAUGUUAAUAUAAAUGAACAACAAGAAGAAAAAGAAAAUAAAGAACAACCAACUGAACAAACGACAACUGAACAAGAAAAAGAAAAAGAAAAAGAAAAAGCUGGUGAAUUAAAAUUAACAGAACAAAAUGGCGGAUCUGAAGCAAAUGCUGUUGAGAAUAAUACAGCUAAUGUAUUGGUGGAAGAUAAAAAAGUUUUAGAAAAGAAAAAAAUUGUUCUCCAAGCAGAUACAAAAAUUUAUUAUGUCAAUCAACCUGAUUUAUCAAAGUUUGUAAUAGCUUCACAAAUCUAUACAAAAGGUUUUGAUGCUUCAAAUGAAAAUGAUGAUGAAUUGGAAGAAAAUGAAAUGGAUUUUAGCGAUGACGAAAAAGAAAGAGAAUUUAAAGCUCAAAGAAAAAUGAAAAAAAAUAAUAACAAAAAAAGAAAAAAUAUGAACAAUAACAAUAAUAAUAACAAUAACAAUAACAAUACUAAUGAUAACGAUGGUUGUGUGAUUCCUCCAACAAAUAAUAGAAACUUUAAUAGAAGAAAUAAUAGCUACAAUAACAGUAACAAUAGUAAUAACAAUAAUAACAAUAAUAACAAUAGCAAUAUCAAUAAUAAUAAUAAUAAUAAUGGAAAUAGAAAUAAUCAAAAUAAAUACCAAAAACAAGAUUUUAGUUUUGAUUAUACUCCACUUUCAAGAAAUAAUAUUAAUCAAGCAGUAAACACUCAAGAAAAUUCACAAUUACAACCACAACAACCACCACCACAACAACAACAACAACAACCACAACAACAACAACCACAACAACAACAACAACCACAACCAAAUAACUUAAACAAACCUCAACAACAAUUUCAACCACAACCAUUGUAUAGACCUCAAAAUACAUUUAAACCACAACCCCAAUCACAACAACCACAACAAAAUAUUUAUCAGUCUUACCAAAGUUUAAUUCAAAUGUAUCAAAAUAAUACUCAACAACAACCACAACAACAACCACAACAACAACAACAACAACAACAACAACAACAACAACAACAACAACAACAACAACAACAACAACAACAACACUAA